CAGGGCGGCACACGUGUCUCCCCGUGUGGGUCCUGAGUUUCACUCCACCCUUCAGGAUCGAGAGGCUCGGGGUGGCUCCAGACCUCUUUUUGGUGUGCGCUCACCCUGGCCUGCUUGAGCGUGAUCCACGCAGUUCCCUGCGCUCACGGAGCCAACUUGGCCAAGCAACUGUCCCAGGAGCGGCGCGCGGUGGGUACCGGGCACUGCGCAUGCGGAGCUCCAAAUUCAAACAGCUGUGUCCGGGGCUUCAGGACGGGUGGACUCGGAGUCGCUGGAACUAGGGGACGCUUUCUCCAGGAGGUGGCCACUGAAGAGCCAUGGUGGACCGGGGUCCCCUGCUCACCUCGGCCAUCAUUUUCUACCUGGCCAUCGGGGCGGCGAUCUUCGAAGUGCUGGAGGAGCCGCACUGGAAGGAAGCCAAGAAAAACUACUAUACACAGAAACUGCAUCUACUCAAGGAGUUCCCGUGCCUGAGCCAGGAGGGCCUGGACAAGAUCCUACAGGUGGUGUCGGAUGCUGCAGAUCAGGGUGUGGCCAUUACAGGGAACCAGACUUUCAACAACUGGAACUGGCCCAAUGCCAUGAUUUUCGCGGCCACGGUUAUCACCACCAUUGGUUAUGGCAACGUGGCUCCCAAGACCCCAGCUGGGCGCCUCUUCUGUGUCUUCUAUGGUCUGUUUGGGGUGCCUCUGUGCCUGACGUGGAUCAGCGCCCUGGGCAAGUUCUUCGGGGGACGUGCCAAGAGGCUGGGCCAGUUUCUUACUAGGAGAGGAGUGAGCCUGCGGAAGGCUCAGAUCACGUGCACGGCCAUCUUCAUCGUGUGGGGCGUCCUGGUCCACCUGGUGAUCCCACCCUUUGUGUUCAUGGUGACGGAAGAGUGGAACUACAUCGAAGGUCUCUACUAUUCCUUCAUCACCAUCUCCACCAUUGGCUUUGGGGACUUUGUGGCCGGUGUGAACCCCGAUGCCAACUACCAUGCCCUGUACCGCUACUUUGUGGAGCUUUGGAUUUACCUGGGGCUGGCCUGGCUGUCCCUCUUUGUCAACUGGAAGGUGAGCAUGUUUGUGGAAGUGCACAAAGCCAUCAAGAAGAGGCGGCGGCGGCGGAAGGAAUCCUUCGAGAGCUCCCCACACUCCCGGAAGGCGCUGCAGAUGGCUGGGAGUACAGCCUCCAAAGACGUCAACAUCUUCAGCUUCCUGUCCAAAAAGGAGGAGACCUACAAUGACCUCAUCAAACAGAUUGGGAAGAAGGCAAUGAAAGCUAGUGGGGGUGGGGAGAGGGUCCCAGGACCGGGACACGGGCUGGGACCUCAAGGGGAUGGACUAUCUAACAUCCCUGCAUCCCUGGUACCUUUGGUGGUCUAUUCCAAGAAUCGAGUGCCCAGCUUAGAAGAGGUAUCUCAGACUCUAAGAAGCAAAGGUCACGUGUCGAGGCCAGCUGGUGCGGAGACUGAGGCGCAGGCCCCCGAAGACGGCUACCCAAAUGCUGAGGUGUUUAUUAACCAGCUAGACCGGAUCAGCGAGGAGGGCGAGCCAUGGGAGGCCCUGGACUACCAUCCGCUCAUCUUCCAAAACGCCAACAUUACCUUUGAAAACGAGGAAACCGGCCUCUCGGAUGAGGAGACCUCCAAGUCUUCCGAGGAGGACAACUUGGCCUCAAAGGAGCAGCCUCAACAGGGGGCUGUGGUUGAGGCGCCCUUGAGCACGGGCGAAUUCCCGUCAUCAGACGAGUCCACCUUCACCAGCACCGAGUCCGAGCUCUCCGUGCCUUAUGAGCAGCUGAUGAAUGAGUACAACAAGGCGGACAGCCCCAGAGGCACGUGAGGCGGGCCUGGCUCCCCACCUGCUCUCCACUGGCUUCUUCUCCUCACCCGGGUUAUUCCUGUGAUGGCCAGACCCCCGAGGAGAGGGCCUGGAAACGAGAUGGGGAGCCAGGGGCCUGCUUUUCCUUCUGUCUUCUCCAGCUGGUUGCUUCCAUGGGAUGUGACGUCGGCCCAGGACAGGCCUCCAUUCUCUGGCCCCCGUGGGGAGGCUGCUGUCCUGGGCCUGCCUGGCAAGAGUAUCUGCUGACUCGGGGCAUGGAGGCUGCAGCACUCACCCUAGAGGGCCUAUGUCUGCUGCCUUCAUCUUCCCCCAUCUUUCGGUUGACUGUCACACGGUUCUCUGAGGCCAGGAGCUUCAGCCGAGUUCACCAGUGUUAAUGGGCAACGCCUGUGUGCCUGGCUCUAAGCUAGGCGUUUGGAAGAAGGAGCUUGUAAGACCCAGGGUUGUCGUGUAGGAGUUCCCAAGUGUUCUGGGGAAGCACAGAUAUGAUGGGGGUUUGGGGCCCCUCAGUACCCCAGUAGUAACAGGACCCAUCUGCCCAUCCACUCGUUACUCUGCCCAGCAAGCCCUUUACUGCAAAUUUCAGGGCAGGGGCUGUGGGAGAGGGAGGGUGGUGUCCUCUGUGUAUCCCA